UAGAUGUCGCUGAGUCAGAAGUCAGUAUUUGACGUUUGAUAGUGACACAGUUUCCAAACAUUGGUGUAAAGUUGCAGUGAUGACUUUAAUAAAUCCAGACGAGUACAAAAACCAGGGUGGUGAUGGGGGCUCCAGCGCCUCGAUUAAGGUGCGUACCCCCAAACGUAUAUUGCACUUCAGCGACGGCGUUUUGGAAGAAUACAGCGAUGACGAAGUUGACAACACCCCCCAGCAAGAGCAGGCCUUGGUUGAUCCUGGUUCUUUGACAUGGGGGCCCUGGCUGUGGUACAAGACUUGGCGUGCAGGUGCCAGCACGUUGGCAGUGGUGGAUUCCGUUGGGGAGUUUUUAGCUGCGUUUUUCGGGAUUACCACCCCCAAGUAUUACUUCGAACUGGAGGAGUACAAGAGGAGAGAAGCGGAGAUGAAGGCUGAAGACGAACAAAAGAAAGGGUGGUCCGAAGCCCCGAAUGUUGAGGGUUUGAAGUUGAAUGAGAUAACCACGAAGCAACCCCAGCCUGUGGACGUUUAAUAAUAAGCUGCUUCUACAAUAUUUGAAGUUGGUGAUUGGAAAACAUUCACUCGGCGCUUUUUGAGGACACUUUUCUGUAGAAAAUAGAAGCUGUAUGCAAUUUAUUAAUUGUAUAAAAACUAUAUUUACACACAUAUUUUGUUAAAGCUACAUGAUUGUAUUACAUACUUAAGAAACAAUAACAAUGUUUGUGAUAACUGUAUACUUACGUAUUUAUUCGUCCAGAAAUAAAAAUAAAAUAUUAAACGUA